AUGGAAGAAACGAAUUUUGCCGUCGAUACGGGACAGGGUUUUAAACUUCAAGGAACCUUAUAUUUAAAAGAUAAUGCGCCCAGUGAUGAUAUCGUGAUAUUUUGUCAUGGUCUUAUGAACACGAGAAAUUCUGAGGUUAAUCAAUCCAUUAUCAAGGAAAUAGAUUUCAAUUCUAUCUCUUUUGAUUUUCAGG